UGGUUACGAUGUUGGCCGAACAGGUCAAUGUCUGAAGCAUCUAAAAUUUUGUUGGUGAGGUGAAGAUCGUCGUGGCUUUCAUAUAAUGUAAGACUCCAGUAAUUUGGGAAGAAGGGUUAAUUGAAACCCUUAAAUAGUUCUUAGGUACGUUACUGUUAAAUAACGACAAUCUGGUGCAUUCACAUGAGUCUCAAACGAGUGAAAGAAGGAUAAUAAGAAGGAUCUACACUGGCUGCCAGCCCCCGUUCGAUGUUUCGUGUGCAAGGAUGUUCGCAAGAAAUGUGAUAUAUCUAUGAAGUUCAUGAACGUAUAUGAAAUAACUAAGAGCCGUUAGAGAUGAGUGGACGUCCAAGGACAACGUCCUUUGCUGAGGGGAAUAAGCAACCUCCCAAUCCUCCGUUAGGAGGCAUGAAAAUAAGUAGUCUCUACUCAGGCAAGGAUGGUAGCAAGGUGACAACGGUGGUGGCCACCCCUGGACAAGGUCCUGACCGACCCCAGGAAGUGUCCUAUACUGACACUAAGGUGAUAGGCAAUGGAAGUUUUGGCGUGGUAUACCAGGCAAAAUUGUGUGACACUGGGGAAAUGGUGGCCAUCAAAAAGGUCCUUCAAGAUAAGAGGUUUAAGAAUCGUGAACUUCAGAUCAUGAGACGCCUAGAGCAUUGUAAUAUAGUGAAACUCAAGUACUUCUUCUACUCUAGUGGUGACAAGAAGGAUGAAGUGUACUUGAAUCUAGUACUGGAAUACAUCCCUGAGACUGUGUACAAAGUUGCUAGGCAUUACAGUAAAUCCAAGCAGACUAUACCUAUUAGUUUUAUAAAGUUGUAUAUGUACCAGUUAUUCCGGAGCCUGGCAUACAUCCACUCUUUGGGGAUCUGCCAUAGGGAUAUCAAGCCUCAGAACUUGUUGUUGGAUCCUGAGACAGGUGUGCUCAAGUUAUGUGACUUCGGCAGCGCUAAACAUCUUGUCAAAGGGGAACCUAAUGUUUCAUACAUCUGCUCACGAUACUACCGGGCACCUGAACUUAUAUUUGGGGCCAUUGAUUAUACUACUAAGAUAGAUGUAUGGAGUGCAGGUUGCGUGUUGGCCGAGUUGCUGUUAGGUCAGCCUAUUUUCCCCGGAGACUCUGGUGUUGAUCAACUAGUUGAAAUUAUCAAGGUCCUUGGCACUCCUACAAGAGAGCAAAUUCGAGAGAUGAAUCCCAACUAUACAGAGUUCAAAUUCCCACAGAUCAAAUCCCAUCCGUGGCAAAAGGUAUGGAAGGUGUUCCGCGCUCGCACACCACCUGAGGCAAUUGAUCUGGUAUCACGGCUGCUAGAGUACACACCUUCGUCCCGCAUCUCUCCACUUCAGGCAUGUGCCCACACUUUCUUUGAUGAGCUACGGGAGACAAACACACGGCUACCAAAUGGUAGGGAACUACCACCAUUAUUCAACUUCACAGAACAGGAACUGACCAUUAUGCCAUCUCUAAACAUGUUGCUGUUACCGCGCCACGCACAGGAAGGCCCUGGAGGAAGUGGUAUAAAUUCAGGAGCAGAUGGGAGUGGUGGGGCUUGCAGUAACCCAGGUAUCAGUGCAUCAUCUGCAGAUGCCAACUUAAUGGUAACAUCUGAUCCUAAUGUCCCAUCCCCCAGUGGAGCAGCAGCAGCAGCAUCUGGAAUGGCUUGAGAUAGCCCAUUUGUUUAAACUCUGCAACACAACACUACGUCCACACCAAACAACUAGACCAACUAUCAAGACCAAAACUAGCAGCAGUGGUAAUAUAACGACAAGUUUGAUCUGUUUGAAGAACUGUAAAACAAGAUGUAGAGAGAGGGAAGGGUGGGAGACACAAGCAACAGAAGGCAAUCAUCUUACACAUGUCUGGGGAAUGACCUGAACUACGUCUGUAACCGAAGGCUCAUAUAAUGACAACAGAACAUUCUGUAGAUGCAAAUGACAUUAUAGAAAAUGCUGAAGAUUCAGUGUGGAAUGCCAUACCUUUCUUUUAUUAUUUGAUGUACAUUAUGGAGAAAAGGAACUCAGAGAAAACUGAAAAUCUGAUAACAUUAAAGAGAACGCGAGAUUUAAAGUGGAAGUAAAUGUGGACAACUUGCAUUGUUCAGUUCUCCCACAGCCUAAGAUUUCAUUUACAUCUCUCACAGCCUGAAUCAAAUAAAUAAUAAGGGAAGUGGGGGGCUUGGCACAUUUGGUUUCUGUAUCAAAAUGUGUGACAGCCUUCUAUUUUAUAUGUAUCAAAAUGAACUAUGAAAUCAAACAUGAAGAUAUCCUUCAGUAAUUUAUAAUUUGGCCAUGAUAUAAUACAUUUUGAUGUGUAGUGAAAAGAAACAAAGAUUAUCUACAGUAAACCAAAUGUACAAUUUAAAUCUGGUUCCAUCUUUGUACAUAUAUAUUUCAAUUAUAAAUUACUUAACAGAUGUAUUAAUAGUUUUUCCCCUGAUUAUCCGCCAGCUGUUUCUUUGCAUUAUCUACUGAAAGCUAAAGCUACCAGAUACUGUAAUUAUUGAGUGAGUGGUAGAGCAGCAUGAAAUUUGCUGAAUAAUAAUUAAAUGUGCAGUUUUGUGUAAAUGUUAAGAAAAGUUAUGGGAUUGUAUUUCCUAAUUUUUUUUAUUAUGAAUGAAAAGUAACAUUUUGGCUUUUCAAGCAAGACAGAAAUAAUUAGGGUGAAUUUCUUUUGUAUUCUAAAAAUGGUUUGAAUGGGAGGGGGGGGGGGUUGUUGAGAUUGUUUAUUUUAACUAUUUUUUAAAAUUGUAAAUCCUUUUACAUGUUGACCAUUUCAAAACCGACGAUACAUUAUAUUAAAUACAGUGGUUUCACUUAUAACCUCAUAUUUUACCACACUGAUUUGUUUUUAGCUUUAGUAGCUGUGUGAGGGGUGGAUCAAAUUUUAAAAAGAAAAGUUUGGUGCUUUCAUAAAGAUGAACUAUUUGCCUGGCUGUUAUGCAAUAUGUAAGAGCUCGUAAUUUGUAUGGACUAUUUAUAUUUUAUUUUCAAUAUGGUGUUAGCUUGUGGAGGAGAGGAGAUGGAAAAUGUGUAAGUGUUUGUUUGAUUGUUUGCUUGCUAGGGUGGGGGGUGAGAGUGAAGAUUAUGUCAAGAAUAAUGCCAUUCAUUUGUGCUAGAGACAAACUUUUGAACUAAGUUCGAGGAUUUGACACUUUCCUGUAGGUGUAUUGAAAUUGCCAGCAACACUUGUUUCUCCACAUGUAGAAAUAAAUUAUAGCAACCUUAAACAUUACAGAGUAGUCUACACAGAACUUAAUCAUUUCACUUCUAUGCUUCUGUAGUUACUAAGAUUAUUUUUUCAUGUAUUUCCAUGUACAAAAUAUAAUACAAUAAUCUAAUGAUCUAGUAUUUCAUGGCAGAAUUAAUGAAAUGUAAAGACACAACUAAGAUCUAAGUUUGUUCCAUACCUAUAACAAUCAUUGAUAAUUUUUGAUCUUACUUUCUUUGUCCUAUCUGAGGUUAUGCAUUCUCAUGGUUGCCAAAUGUUGAACAGUGGAUAUCCCUGCAUGGCAUGCUGGAAGGAACUCCUACAGAGUGAACCACUGGAACUAAUUUCAAUAUUUGAUUAGUUAUAAAACUAGUGAAAAGUUAUUGGGUACCGAUGAUUAUGGGUCUGCUCAUGAAUAGGUGUCUCUCCUCUAAACAAUACUGCCAGCUGCCUCUGCAAUUAUCACAGAUUUCUAAAAAGGGCAGUCAAAAUAUCCUCCGCUUCAUGAGGAAUGUACAUAUAAAUAUGAUGAUGAAAGAUUUAGACAUCUUGGUAACUUUUGAACAUGCUGAAUUAUUUGGUACACUGUUAAAUAAUAUAUAUAUUAGAAACAAUGAAUUUAUUUCCUUUUGUUUCUAAAUAAAAUUGAUUAGCAUAUAUGGGUUUAUGCUCUGUAUUGAUAAUUCCCUAGUGCAGUUUUUGAAUAAUGCAUCCUUUUUAUUUGUUUGAUGGUUUCAAUUGGAGUGUCUAGUUUGAUCAAAACUUUGUGGUAAGGAAUUGUAUGCUGUGAACAUGGCAAAGUAACAGUGGUUUCAUCAGUUUCGGAGAUGGAAAGGUCAAGACUAAGUGUGAAAUUGUUGGAAUAGUAAUGCAGUUGGCUCUUGUCAUCACAAAUCAUGAAAGGAAUAAAUGACCAUCCCAUUUUCAUUCUCAUAAGGUGUCCUGUUUAAGAGUUGUGCCACGAGUAUCACUUGGAUCAUGCUCAAUCAUUGAUGGUUCCAAGAAAAGUUAUUUGUCAUGCAUAUUAUGUGGAGCACCUUACCUUGUAAGAAAUCAUACCAGCUGUUGAAGCAAUACAUGCAUUUCCAUCCACAGUGGAAUAGAGGUUAUGGAUGGAGUUACAUUUGUUUUGGAAUGAAUGUUCUACUUUCAUCUUCUGAACAGGUAAUUCCUCAAACAUGGUAGUGGGCUAGUUUUUCUGUGUGUACGUAUGUGCCUUUCAGCUUUCAGAACAAAAUAAAGAUGGCUCCAUUUUCCUACUACUUCCAAAAGCAACCCAUUUUCUCAAGUCGAAUAUCUUUCUAAAUGUCUGCUUUGUUUACAUAACUGUACCAGCUGAUAUUUGAUGUAUGUAUGAAAAACAUAAAUGCCUUUGACUCAGCAGCUGGCUGACAACAGAGCUGUGUGGCAAGUGACAGUUCUUGGUUUUCCUGUAGUGUUGAGUGUAUUUGUGUUUAAAUAUUUGAUGAUUAACAGUAUUUACUGACAUAAAAGUAAUUGGUUAGCCUAUCCAUAUUGUGUGCAGACAAUCCCACAGUGGUGACACUCUUCUGUUCCAACAGUUUCCAUACAGCAUCUCUUCUGGUGGCACGUUCUGUGACAUAAUUCUUUAAUUGUUCCUAUUGCCAUGAAAACUGGUCCUAACAUGUACUGUCGACAAGCUGGGUCUUCUGUGAAGCUGGUUGCUUUACAGUAUUUUGUCUUGCAGAAAGAACAAAUUUAUAAAAGGCCUGUAGUCAAGAUUGUUGUUUCUCCUUACUGAGUUCCAGUCUCUAAACUCCUCCGUAAUAUGUAUUUCACAACAUAUGGAACUCAUAUCUGUUGUACAUUUCAGACGUUUUCCCUGCCUGCCCCUUACGGUUCACAUAAAGAGAAAAGUAUUGUAUUUCUAGCUACUUGAUAUCUGUUAAUAUGUAUACUGUUUGUUAACAUUUUAAAUAAGACACUUUCAGCAAAUAGUUUUCGUUUUGUUUAAAUAUUUAAAUGAGGAGAGUAUAUAACAAAUGUAAUUGUUGAAUUCUGCCUCAGGACCUAACACUAAACUUUUAAUUUUUUAAUAUAAAAAGAUGAGUCAGUUUGGUCUGAAGCAGAAAUUGUAGCAUGCUGUAAGAAAAAUGAGGUUCUUAUUUUCCUGCAAAGCCAUUUUGUGUACCAUGUGCUGUGUAAUAUAAUGGAAUGCCCGUGUCCAAAUUGAGAUCAAAGCGAAGUAGUGAAUGUGUGCUAACAUUUGUUAGGAAUAUUGUUAUAAACGCAGAAUGCAUUAUUGAAUAUGCAAUAUUUUUUUUAGACCCUAGUCAACAUGAACAUGUAAACAUACAAUGUCUGUAAUUUUUGCUGUCAGGACUCGAUUUACUUUUUCUCCGAUUAUGAGUCAUUUGUAUAAACAGUUUGUCCGUUAGUAUUUGUCUGUAAGAUUUAAAAGUGUGAAAAAUUGUAGCAAGUAAGCUUUCCAAGAAAUAAUUGCACAUUUGUAAUGCAUAAAAAUGUUGUGGGCACCUUCAUAAUAAGUUAUAAAAAAUGGCAGAAUUCAUAUUGUAUGUGUAAUUUGGUAUGGCUGGUGCUGCAUUAUAAUAAGAAUCUAUUAGAUUUCAUUGUGCAUGAAAGUUAUAGCUUCAUUUUUUAACUUUUCUUAAAUGAGAAACAUUUCCUCAGCAUAAAAACAUAAAAAAUGACUAGUUAUAGUUGUUAUAGAGUGCAUACUUAGCACCUCAGGAAAGAAUAUAAAUAAAUAAAUAUAUAUAUACAUAUAAAUAUCUAGAGCAUCAAUCCAGUCAAUAUAAGAAUUUGAAUAAUAUGCAGUAGAGUUUCACAUAUCAGGCCUUUUCAAAUUAGCUUUUGCUGCACCAGUUUUUUUUCUUGAAAAAAAAAGUCAUAACUGUAAUGAAAUUUGAAAGCAAACAAUGCCUGUAUUUGUAAUUAUGUGUAAUGUGUGUAUGGAUGAUUAGAAGAUAGAGCGGAACAUUACAGAAAAGGGCAUGGGAAUUGCAAAGAUGUUGCUGUUGUUUCAUUUCAGCAGCUUAUGAAACCUGACUGACUUAUAGGAUCUGUUUCUAAUAUGCAAGCUGUCAUCAAAAUAAUAAUAAUAAUAAAAAACUUGUUAAGUGUGUAUUAAUAGUUUUUAAAAGAUGGCAGUGUGUUUCCUGAAUGAUCUAUGUCAUUGUUAAACUAAACAGAAACAUACUAUAAUAAUAAAUAAUACUUGUGGACAUGUG